GUCUCUGAUGACGGAACGAACUCGUGGGAAACCGUUGAUUAUAGCGAUAGCCCCGUACGAGAUUCCGAGUCCUGGAUAGAAACGGCUGAACGAAAUGACGAGUAUGAGGUGGACGAAUAUGGUGACUAUUACGAGAGAAAAAGCGAGAGCAUGUUCAGCAACGAUCCUGGAAGACAGGUGGAUACUGAUGACCGCGGCAUCUUCCUACCAGAGAGCAUGUUUGACUAUCCUGAAGAAGAGGUUCACUUUAGUGACCACGGAUAUGCCGAGGAGCAACAGGAAGACAAUGAAAAAACAGAUGAGCUUGACAUGAUGACAACACAGUACGGGCAAAUGGGUGCAAACAGUUUUGCCAUCAGGGACAAUACCCCGAUACAGGCCACAAGAGAGAACAAAGAAGGUCCGUGGGGAUCUGAAACCUGCAGUGAAUGCGACCAGCUUGUAUGGGAAAACGCGUCAACCUCCAACAUGAUCAACGCAGAAACUACCAGUUCCCAACUCCCAGCUGCUUUGGUGGCCGGCCCAGACGCAGAGCAAACUGGGGCAGCUGAGCCUGCCGGUAUUGUUGAAAUCGUGAAAUCUUUGACGCUAGAGGAUAUGGCUGGUAGCUGGUGGGAUGAGGUCCUAGAGGCUAUGGAAGCAGGGUUUGAGGAGGCAGAAGCGGUGUUUCGAAAGGUAGCAAGUGCAGGAUUUACAGACAUCGAGGUCAAUCCGUCUCUGGCUAAAGCAAAGACUGCCCCGAGAAAGAGACGCCCCCAAAAGCCAGAGAAACCACGGAAAGGGCCUGCUAGCCGCAAUUCCGACUGCACUGACCCAGAGAAGGACUUCUAUGAUGUGUGUUGGAGUAUUCUCAAUGAGACAGGCCUGGUGGGAGAGUAUAUGAGGGACAGGACGCUGGUGAGCGUCUCAACUCCGAAACGACCCAAGGCAUAAUGAGUACUAAUGUGCGCGUUCUGAUAGCGUCGAACUUACCAUAACGCCCAUACCAAAGGGCAUCCAAGAGAGAAAGAAAAUCAUGCAAAGCCGAGAAAGCGUGAAUGUUAUCUCUGCUGUGGCUGUCAUAAACCCAUCAAAUGAGGGGGUUCAGAACCGUGGCAUUGCUCUCCCCCCCUCGGACAUGUUUCACUAGAAUUGUUCUUGAUUGUAUGGCUGCUGACGACCCAUCGUCUCCACCCUUUGUUAGAUUUAAUUGGUAUCUCAACUUUAUGUUGUAUCUCUUUUGUGACUCCAG